GGAUUCUUGGCUGCUGGUAUAAAAGUCUAGAAAUAUAUCUAAAAGUAAUAUACCUUUUACUGUGAUAUACUAUGUAGAAAUCGAGUUACAUAUAUUCAGGAUAUGCAUAUCCAGGUACUUACAUUAGAAAACGCCUUCAUAUCUCACCUCGCCCAUUAACAACCAUGGAUCAGUCAUCCCGAAAACGUAUCAAUCCGGAUCAUCCGAGCCCGCAGCCGUACUAUGCGUAUAACAACUCAUGGCAGCAGGCGGACGUCAGCCCGUUGAGUGAGACACAUAACGGAAAGAGCAUUACGAGGCUUUCAUUAUUCAGCUGGAAUAUAGACUUCCGGAUCCCCUACGCCAAAGAGCGGAUGAACACCGCCUUAGACUAUCUUGGAGAUCUUCUGGAGAAAUUACCAUCAACGACGGCCUCGGUCAUAUUUCUACAGGAAUGCAUCGCACAAGAUCUCCGUACGAUUGGGGAUAAGCCGUGGGUUAGGGAGAAGUUUUAUUUCACGGACAUCAACACCUCGAACUGGGCGGAUGACUACGGCACCAUUACGCUGGUGGACCGUCGUCUGACUAUCACGUCCUGCUUCCGCGUGCAUUACGAGAAGACACGCAUGGGUCGCGAUGCCUUCUUUAUUGACAUAUUACUCGACGGCAGUAGUAGUGGACAAACCAAAACUAUCAGGUUGUGUAACUCGCACCUUGAAUCCCUUGCUUUCGAUCCUCCUUUUCGACCGCCUCAGGUGCAGGUUAUGGCGAAGUAUAUGCACGAGGAUGGCGUGGAUGGCGCAUUGGCGGCAGGCGAUUUCAACGCAAUACAGCCUUUCGACAAGACGCUCCACUCAGACAAUGGUCUCAAGGACGCAUAUCUCGAGCUAGGUGGCAAGGAAGAUAGUAAUGACGGGCAUACUUGGGGGCAGCAAGCAUCAACCGAGGAGAGGGAUAAGUAUGGAUUGUCAAGGAUGGAUAAGGUGUACUUCACGGGAAGUCUUAAGUUGCACAAAUUUGAAAGAUUCGGCAUAGAUGUCCAACUUGAUAGAAACGAACUAGAAUUAGAGAGUGAGUAUAUCGUGUCGUCUUACGGGUAUGAAAAGCCUUGGGUUACGGAUCAUUUGGGAGUUAUGGCUGAAGUAGAAGUUGUUGAUUGAUCUAUAUACGCUUUUUGAUGACCGAGUAAAUAUCAGGGGAAACAAGUUGUACGAGAUCCAAUAUAUAUCAGUAUGAUUUCAAACUGAUGUAACACGAUAAGGGGUAGGAAAACGAACCAUAAUAUUUACAUGAAGAUCCUCGGCACGAUCUCUAUCAAGCAAUGAUUUCACGCCAACAAUGAUUCAUAUCAUGCUAAAUAUUUAUUUUCGUCUGAACGCUCUCAGGAUCAGCAUCCCAUCAUCCACGUAAUUGUAUUCCAAAAACCAAACCGAUACUCCUAAUAAAAUAGAAAUAUGUGGUCGUAGGCAUCACUGCCGUUUAGACCGGGUAUCUGACCAUAACUUAUCCACAAUCUGAAAAACAGCCGUGACAUCACGCAUGACAUCCUCGUCGACCUUCCCACCAACCCUCUGUUGAAUCUUAUCCGGAUGCCACCUAACCCGCUCCUCUUUCAACCUCGCCAAAAACUCCGCCUCACCCACAUCCUCGGCAUCGAUUCCCAGAAUGAAAAAGUCCCUCACAGCAUCCGCACUCACAUCCUCCCGCCGUCCACUCCUAACCGGCCAACCCAUCUCCUCAAUGCGCCCAUCCCAACCCGUCCAUAUCUUCAAAUACUCCUCAAACCCCACCCUCCAC